ACGUCAAAUAUCCUGGCCAAAGUAAAUUAUCUAGAAGCCACGUGUAAUCAGUACAUGAAAAGACAACAAAAUCCUCAUGGAUCUUUUUGCUGUAAAGUAGAAAAUAAUUCGUUGAUUUCAAUAAUAUAAUCCUUGAUAAAUUCAAUUAUGACUUGCAAACGCAGAAAUGGAGGCCGCUCCAAACACGGCAGAGGUCACGUUCAACCGGUCAGAUGUACCAACUGUGCUCGUUGCGUACCCAAGGAUAAAGCCAUCAAGAAAUUCGUCAUCCGUAAUAUCGUAGAAGCUGCCGCUGUCAGAGAUAUCACCGAUGCCAGCGUAUACGAAUCUUACACCUUACCGAAAUUGUACGCUAAGCUUCACUAUUGUGUAUCCUGCGCUAUUCACUCUAAAGUAGUUCGUAAUCGUUCGAAGAAGGAUCGCAGAAUUCGUACUCCUCCGAUGAGGAAUUUCCCUCGUAACGAUGCCGCUCGUCAAGGUGGACAACAGCAGAGAAAAUAAAAUAAAAUCGCCGUUACUUUUUAUGCUAAGGGUUAAUAUUAAAAUUUUGAAAUUUUA